AUGAAUAAAUUGGAUGAGACAUUGGACGAUGUACAGAAUACGAGGUUCAGCAAUAUUUAUCAUGACCUUAUCAAACAAAUGGUAAAGACAACGCAAUUUAAUGAAAUUGAAGUGCAAAGCAUCCUAUUGGUCUAUCAUAAAUUCGUUUUAAUGAAUGGACCGAAAGCCAAAAUGAUGAGCAAUGCACAAUUUCAUCAUUUAUUUUUAGUAUUAUUUAAAAUAUACGAUUUGCAAAUUAUCCAACGCAUAUUAUCUUUAAUAACAACGAAUGCGAAAAAGGAUAUUAAUCCGAUUGCUUGGGUGAAAUUGUUUUCAGUUUUCAUGUCCAAUAAAUUGGAAGAAAAAAUCAAAUUUACUUUUCAGAUCUAUAAUGCAACUAAUACCGGAUAUUUGAAUCGUGAAGCUGUGACUUUGGGUGUUUCGAAAUUCUUCAUGGGCGACGAUGAGGACGAAGUCAAUGAAUUACGUGCUGAUAUGCUUGAAGUGCUUUUCAAAAAAUUUGAUAUCGACCGUGAUGGUGCGAUUUCGUAUGAAGAGUAUGCUGUAGUUGUUAAAAAAAAUCCCAUGCUAUUAGAGUUUCUCGGUCAAUGCUUUCCCAAUGUUGAUGGCAUGACCGUGAUUGCCUACUGCACGAAUAUCAUGUCGAAAAUACAAUUUGCUAAAUCCGAUAUCGAUGAGAAAUGAUUCAAUGAUAUCUUUAUAGAUUUCAAUUU